GUUGAAACGACAAUUCCUAUUGGACAGAGAAUAACUUUGGUCCAAUUACAGUCUUCGUAUCAUCAUGCAAUUCAAAAUGGCAGCUCCCAUGAGCUCAAAGUUCACCAUGCUGACAACACCGAGAUAUCAUUGCCUCCAGCAUAUCCUGGCUCUCAAGGAAAGGAGAAUGGCAUUGAAAAGGGUCCUUUCUACUUUCCAUGAAGAGAAACAUGAAUCAAAAGAAAGCAGAACUAACUGGUCUUUGGAUACAAAGGCUACAAGUCACCGACGUCAUGCUGGGGUACGGCAAAUGAAAACCAUCAAGCUUCCUGAUGUUCUCACAGACAAUAUUGCAUCAGUCCUAGACGGUCUGACUAUUCGUAAUCUUAUUCCUGAAGCAACCAGAUUGUCUAACUAUUUGAGCAGUCGUAAGAGACCUGUAGAAGAGUCUGAAUUAAGAGCAGCAGCUCGGCAUUUCUCUGAGGAAAUUGGACUAGAAGAUGUAGAUGCUGGUGAUGUCAACAGCCAGCUGUUUCCUCAAGAGGGAAAAAGAAAGAUACAACAUGUGAUGAAAAACCUAAGAAGAAACCUCUAUAAAUGGCAGUCAAUAGAGUAUGAUGAUGUGAAAAGCUUAGCAUAUAUGCUUGCAAGGAUGCCCCCUAACUAUGCUGUAUUGUCCAGAGUUCUAAACGAGAUCAAACGAGGUGAUCCAGGGUAUGUGCCUUCAAGCAUCCUUGAUUUUGGAUCCGGGCUUGGUACUACAAUAUGGGCAGCUCACAAUACAUGGGGAGAAUCCGUCAAAGAAUACUACCUGGUAGAGGUUUCCAAGGCGAUGCAUCAACUCUCAGAAAGGUUACUCCAGGUUUCAGCUGGCAAGGAGGAGCUCCUCAUUUCCAAUGUCUACUUCAGAUACUUCAUGCCAGUCUCUCUCAGGGCACGAUAUAGUAUGACAGUAUCAGCCUACUCCCUACUUGAGCUACCUUCCUUCCAAGACAGAGUCAAUACUGUACGAUCAUUAUGGAAACUGACAGAUGAUUACUUGGUCUUGAUAGAGAAUGGAAGCUAUGAAAGCUACUUGGCUCUUAUGGAGGCAAGAGAUGCUAUUCUUAUGAUGAAGGACCAGGAUCAGACGGAGGAAGAUUCUAAUACUGAAGAACCAGAGAAUCAGUUUCAUGACAGACUCAAACCUCAGAUUGAUCAAAGAGGUGGCUAUGUAUUCGCACCGUGUUCCCACGAUGACCCCUGCCCUAGACUACAAGAAAGCAAUGGUAUACCAUGUAACUUUGAACAAACCUAUCAACCCUUGACUCAGUUUUCUGGGAAGAGAUCAACUGCAGCCGACAUUGAGAGGUUCACAUACCUCAUACUCAAGAAAGGGCCCAGAAUCGACACACACGAUUGGCCCAGAGUUGUCAAACCAGUCCUUAAGAAGUCUCGUCAUGUAAUAUGCCGUCUCUGCUGCAACGAUGGGAGUCUUGGGGAAGCUGUGUUCACAAAGUCUAAACACAGCAAAGACAUGUAUCUUUGUGCCAGAUACACCAACUGGGGAGAUUUGCUACCGGCUGCACAGAGUGAGAUCACUGAUACAGAUACAGACAGUUGAUGACUUCUCUCAAGCAUGUAUUUGGACAAGGAUGGAUGACCUUCUUGAGCAUGAAGAUCGUGAAAGUCUCAAGACAGUAUGGUUGGACAAUGUUAAGGCUACCCUGCAUUGGGACUGACCUCGUAACUCAGAGCUGCCAAGUAGUACUGAUUUUCAGUAUUUAGCACUGAAAAGUGAGAAGAAUACUGAUAGUUUCAUAUAAAAUACUGAUCUCUAAAGUUUCAGCUUUAUGUGUUGUCCUAUGGUAUUUUUUUUUAAAUACUGAUUUCCUCACCGAAAUACUGAUUUUCAGCUCUAAAAAUACUGAAAUUUUCCUUUUUCAGGUUGGCAGCUUUGAUAACUGUUCUCAGGUAAUUCUACGUGUUUGCCAAAUUCACGGCAUUCACGGCUAAGCCCUAAGUGAUGAUGAUGAUGAUGAUCCACAGCAUUUAUAUUGCGCCAUAUAUCUGUUAAAAACAUUCAUAGGCGCAGGCUCAUCCAAUAAGUUAAUCACUACACAUCUGCCAAAAUAAGUGAGUUUUGAGAGACGGUUUAAAGAGUUCUAUGCUGUCAAUUUCACGAAGUGAAGAAGGGAGGGAGUUCCAAAGGCGUGGAGCAAUAGAAGAAAAGGCACGGUCUCCAAAUCCCCUUAGGUGUGUGAUGGGUACAUGAAGAGUGACACCAGUAGCAGAAUAGCGCAAGCCAGGACGUACACGGCGUUGUUCUAUAAGGGAGGUCACGUAUCCUGGAGCUAAACCAUGCACAGCCUUGAAAGUAAGAAGGAGGAUUUUGAAUUAGAAGUGCUUUUUGAAAUCGUGCUGCAACAUAGAUCCAAGCAAGAUUUUCAUGAUGCAGAACAAGGAGAACUUGUCUUAAGGGAAGAGAAGAUUCUUUGUCAUACAUGGCCAGGGGGGUGUUUCACAAAGAUUUAAGUAUGACUUAGAGUCACACUUAAAUGCCGACGUGUAAGUGAUAUGUAACGCGCAGUCUGAUUGAUUAAUACACAGUAGUGCGCGUCCUCUUGGCACGAUCUGACCAAUGCGGUCGUGCCUUUUAUACUGCACCCAACUGGGCAUUUAAGAGCGACUCUAAGUCAUACUUAAAUCUUUGUGAAACACCCCCCUCCCAGGUUGUGAAAGCUCCCUAUUAUGACAAGUAUCCUGCAGUAACAAGGGAACUAACCAAGUUGGUGUGGUACACUUGUCAUGCCUGUGUUUUUGUAUCGCAAGAAGACGAAGAAGAUUGGACGAUAGCUAUCGAUUUACUAAGACCAAGAAUAUGACCCAUUUCUCCUAGCUUACAAAAGUCAUAUUAAAGCAUAGGAACAUUUGAUAUGUGGGGGUGUCGUGGUCUAGUGGUAACGACUCUCGUCUUUCAAUCAGAGGGACGUAGGUUUGAAUCCCAGCCAUGGCGUGUUUUCAUUCAACAAGAAAUCUACCCCCAUUGUGCUGCACUCAACCCAGGUGAGUGGGUACCUGGCAGAACUAAUUUCUUGAAUGCACGGAGUACUGAGAGGCAGCUCGAGCUAAUGGCGGGGUAAUAAUAACAAUGUGCCUCAGAAAAGAUAAUUUCUAGAUAGAUGGCGCUAUAUAAAUGCCUGUUAUUAUUAUUAUUGUAUUAGUCAAUCAUCAACAUCAGUUUCUGAUGUGCAGCUCCUAUUGAAGAGAGUGCAGAUUAACUAUGAGAAAUUAUUUGCUGCAAAGAGAAUUUUUCUUUUCUGGAACUGCUUCUUAAUUUUAGUGAAGAAAAACCCAGGAUUAUCAUCAAUUCACAAUUUUAAUUUGCAAUUGAGUCAUCAGAAAAUCACUGUGGUUCCUCGUGCAAAAUGCACUCUUAAGAUAGAUUCCUUGGCCCCUGGAGGGUUUUCACAAAACAAUUUACUAUUAUUCUCCUAGUAUUGAGGUGUAAACAGGGAUUGCUUAUGUUUGUCCUUCAAUAGAAAUAUAACAUACGGCGAAGGUAAAUUAUCCCCCAUAUCUAAUAGCCCUCAUAAGUUGUUUUAGGGUCCAAUGCAUCAUUUAAUGUCAUUUUAUGAUGAAGAUAGGAAUUUAGAAUAUAAAAGAAAAUAUUAUACUGUCUUUUUUUCCUUUCUGUUACUGUUGCAGUAUCCAGUGUAUAUUAAAAAAUGUAUCAAAUCAGAGAAGAUUUGUUUCUUGAUUAAUUUGUGACUCACCCCUUUUUCAUGUUGAUCUUAUUCAGCCUUCCCAGUUCUAGAUCUAUAUCAAAGGGUGCCUACCCACUACUUAUACCCCCGCUCUAUGCUUACCAUGGCAACACAGUUUCCAACACACUUGGAAAAUGAAUCUUGCCUGUCUUCCAAUAUGAAUGUUUAUGCAAAAUUUCAAGAGCAAUGGUAACAAAACUGGGGAAGUAGUUUUCCUGGGUUUUCAAAACCUUUUGGGCAAUAACAUGCUGUUACCAAGGCAACAAAUUUUGAAACACAUUUGGAAAAGCGAAUUGCAUGGUUUUACCUGAAGACCAAUGUUGGGGUAAACUUUCAUGAGCACUGACCAAAAACUGGGGAAGGAAUUUGAUCCACAAUGAGUUUUCCUGGGGUUUUUGCCAUGUGUUUACCAUGGCAACACAAUUUCUGACAAAUGUGACUUGCACAUCUUUAGCUCAAGACCUAUGUGUUUUGUAAAUUUCAUGAGAAUUGGACAUAAACUGAUAAAGUAGUUUGAUUUCUGAUACAUGCAAAAAAUAUGUCUUGCACAUCUUUACCUCAAGACCAAUGUGUGAGCCAAAUUUCAUCAGAAUUGGUUGAAAGCUGUUGUAGUUUGAACUACAAGAUUUUUAUCUAAUUUGUUGUUACCAUGGUAACACAAUUUCUGACACACACAAAAAAGUGUCUCGCACAUCUGUACCUCAAAACUAAUGUGUGAGCCAAAUUUAAUGAGAAUUGGUUGAAAACUGAUGAAGUAGUUCGAACCGCAAGAUUUUUACCCAAUUUUUUACAUUUAAUAUUGUUACCAUGGUAACACAAUUUCCAACACACACAAAAAAAUAUGUCUUGCAUAUCUUUACUCCGAUACCAAUCUGUGUUUGAAAUUUCAUGACAAUUGGUUGAAAAUUGAGGAAGUAGUUCGAUGAACAAGUUUUGGAACGGACCGACCAACUGUAUGCCGAUUCAUAUAUAUAUGCCCCCUACAAACUUCAUUACAAACAACUAUCAGUUGCUCCAAGAAUGUUCUAUUUUUCAAUUCUCAUGGUUUGACUUGCAUGAGGGCCACCCAGCGAUGAUUUUUCUAAAAGAAAGAAUUACUUGGUGGCUUGAUGCAUUUCAUAAAGAAUUUAUCCUAUAACAAACAUUAUCAAGAAUGUGCAAGUUUAUUAGUAGCGCUCAGAUCUAAUUUAUAUGCACAUGAAUCUAUUUGACUUUUAGCAAUUCAAUUAAUAACAAAAGGAUAUGUAUUUUUGUGCAGAUGGCUUCUCAUUUAGAUUUAUAUUAAUGAUAUGGAUACAGCUCUCUAACUACAGUAGAGUGUUGAAUAAUUGUCUUACUCCAGAAUGAGAAAAACAUUGUGUUAACAUCCAAGUUGAAUAAUUUUCUAUGGUCCCAAAAGAUUUCGAUCUAAAGGUCAAGUCCACCCCAGAAAAUUGUUGAUUUGAAUAGAGAAAAUAAAUAAAAAGCAUGUUGAAAAUUUCAUCAAAAUCGCAUGUAAAAUAAGAAAGUUAUGACAUUUUAAAGUUUCACUUAUUUUCCACAUAAAAGUUAUAUGCCCAACUCGGUGAUAUGCAAGUGAGAGUCGAUGAUGUCCCUCACUAUUUCUUCUACUUUUUAUGGUUUGAAUUAUACAAUAUUUCAAUUUUUACAGAUUUGACAAUUAGGAGCAACUUGUCUGAACCAUGAAAUAAAGCAUUGGAAGGAAUAAAAGUUUAUUUCACAGGACAAUGAGAAAAUUAGGGAUAUCUUGUAUUUCAUGUAAUAAAAUACAAGAGAAAUAGUGAGAGGAUUAAGUCUCACCUCAUUUGCAUACCGACCAGGAUGUGCAAAAAACUGUUUUGUGAAAUUAAGCGAAAUUUCAAAAUAUCAUAACUUUCUUUUUUUACAUCCGAUUCUGAUGAGAUUUUCAGCGUUAUACUUGUGGGAUUUUUGUCUUUUUAUUCCAAUCAACUUUUUGUUGGGUUGGAGUUGUCCUUCAAAGUCACUUGUACUUGAUGCAUUUUUACUAUUCUAGUUUUGCUAAUAACCCCCCCCCCCACACACACACACACACACACACACAAGAGAUCAAGAACAACCAAGGGAGAUACACAAUCUUGAUGUUCUAUGAACAUGAAACAUUUAUUUGCAUUUUGUAACAGAUAUGGUUACCAUAGCUAGUUACAUCAAGUGCUUACGCGACCACUGUACAUGAUACUUUUUACAUAAUUUAUGUAAAUAUUGAUACAAUCGAAUCAUUCAUUAAAUUCUCAUCAAAUUUUUUUUCUCUAUAUCAAAAAUACUUUUCAUAAAGCCUCAAUCUUGUCUCUCCAAAUUCUCAAGCAAGACACUUGUGGCAAACACAUUGUCGUGGUGUGGUGAUAUUGACUUUGCAGAAAUUGGGCUUCAUUUUCAUGUUAUCAUACCAUACAUAAAGGGCAGUCUUAAGUCUCUUAGGCAAGUGGCAUAUUCUCCAUAGAAGAUAGGAAACAUACUUUGUGUUUUGGCCAUAACAAAUGGGGGGGGGGGGAAGAAAAGAGGGAUGAAUGUGCUCUAGUCUUUCUCAAAGAACUAGAGUGACAAAUUUCCUAUGGAAUAAAAAAAAAAAAAAGGUUAGAUAAUUUCAGCAGAAUGUCAUCAAUAAUCUAAAUUUACACAAGACAUUUGGAAAAUCCCCACCCUUUAUACAAUACUGUAUAAUAAAUUUGGAAAUGUAAUGGAUACCAAGAUUAUCUAAGAGCCCGAUGAUAUAAAAUACAUCACAUAAGGAGAUUAGAGCCCAUUGUGACCUAAUUCAAUUUCUGCAUUAAUCAUUCCUUCUCUUUGUGUUCAAGAGUUGUAACGUGAAAGUAACCACUGUGAGUUUGAUGAAUUACUUGAGAAAAUAUUACCUUUCCAUACAUAUCCAGUAUUUGAAUGACCAAGUGUUGUUCCUGGGUGACGUAUUCUGAAAAACCAGGUGCAAUCUUUGAUGUUAAUAAGCCAAUCGUGUGAAAGAAUACAUCCAAUUAUUUGAUUCAACCAAAUGUAAUGAAUGAUACAUAUAUGAAUGCAGCAAUGAUAUAAUAAAUCAAUGAAUUUGACAAAUCUUUGAA